CUGUACUCAACAUCCUACCGUGUCUCCUGCCUUAUAUGUCGAAAUCGACUAGCCCUUGAGAACAUUCUAUUGAGCGGCAAUGGGUGGGUUUGGAGCUCCCGAUCGUGGUGGCUCGCGCGAAAGUAAAAACUCUAGUCUGAGAGCCAACAAAAAGAAUGCGGCGAAGGCGCUGAAGGAUGGGGAAAAGCCGAAGACGCAGCGGCCGACAGUGUCAGAGCGGCCUCCUGCCGCGCUGCCACCUGAGCCGGACGCAAAGACCGCAUCCAUUGUGGAUGCGGGAGCACAGCUCGCGAGCAGGCAGUUCGACCGCGACCAGCAAAAGGUGCUGCAGCGCGCGGGCAACUGCGGCGUGGGCCCCAUCCUGACCUACACCACCGACGACUCCAAGUUGGAGGCGCUGGUCCGCACAGCCAAGGAGAACGCGGGGGCGGUGUACUGCAUGUUGGGCGUGCACUCCGACAACAUCAAGCGCGCAAAUGACAGGCUGGCUCCCGCCCGGCUGGAGUCGCUCAAGGACCUGGCUCUGGAGGGGUGUUGUGUGGCGGUGAUGGCGGGGCUGGCGUUCCGGGAUGUGGGCAUACGGUAUGCGCAGGAGCGCGCCCUCAGUGAGCAGAUGGAGUUGGCUGCGGCCAUUGCGCUGCCGCUGGUGCUGUACGAGGUCCGCGCCUCGGAGGCGCUGGUGGAGCGCAUAGCCGAGUUCCGGGCCAGCGGCGCCGGCGAGGGCCGGGCGGCGGCCACACCCAUCGCCAUCUUCAACUUCACCGGCAGCGAGGACGAGCUGCGGACCUACCUGGCGCUGGGGUGCUACAUAGUGCUGACGGGCCGCGUGUGCGACCAGACGGAGAAGGGCGAGCGGCUGCGCGAGCUCGCUGCGACCAUCCCCGCUGACCGCCUGAUCCUAGCCUCCGACUCGCCAUUCGCCACGCCCCAGAACAUUGAUGACGUGUUUAUGCGGGAGGGCCGCAACGAGCCCUCCAAUCUGCCGUACUUGCUGACGGCGCUGGCGGCGGCGCUGGGGCUACCGGAGGCGCAGCUGGCGGCGGCGACGCGCCGCAACGCGUUGACGUUCUUUGGCAUCCGGGAGGCGGCGGAGGCGGCGGAGGAGGCGGCAGCGGCGGAGGCCGCGGAGGCCGCAGCGGCAGGCAUGGCGGCGGCGGCUGGCGCCGCGGAGGCGGGACCGAGCGGCAGCGGCGCGGCGGCGCCUGCGGCGCCAGCUGCGCCGGCGCCUGCCGGCGCCAAGACGCCAGCAGGCAAGGGCGGGAAAGCGGCGGCAGCGGCUACCGCUGCCGAUGAAGAGGAGGAGGUGGAGGUGAAGUCGGGCAAGGGCGCGCGGCGAGGGAAAAAGGGCGGCCGAGGCGUGGUGGACAGCAGUGAAGAGGAUGAGGGGCCUGCACAGGCGCGUAGCGGCGGCGCGCGGCGGCGGGGUGGCGCGGCGGCGGCGGCGCCUGCAGGGGACGCGGAGGAGGCGGAGGAGGACGAUGGGGAGGAGUUGGGCCUGGCUCUGGCGAAGCAGCGUCGCAACAAGGCAAAGAAGGGCAAGGGCAAGGCCGGCGCAGGCAAGGCCGCGAACGCCUUUGCUCAGCUGCGGCUUCAGGAAGGCGAGGGCGAGGGCGGGGAUGGCAGUGGGGCGGAGCAGCGGAAGGAGGACGGCGAGGAGGAGGAGGACCAGGAGCGGCAGCAGGCGUCAGAGGAGCGGGAGGAGGAGGAGGGCGCCAGCCAAGGCGAGGAGGACGAGGACGGGGACGGGGCUGAGGGCCGGGGCGCCAGCGGCGCCGGCGCCUCCACCUCCUCCCCCGCCGCAGCCACAGCCGCCGCACGCGCGCGGCGGCCGGCGCCGCGCAACUUCGUGGCGGAGUACGAGGCGGCGGCGGCAGCCAAGGGCCCGGCGACGGGGCCGCGCGUAAGCUACUCGUGUCGCGGCUGCCGCAGUGUGUUGUUCACAGAAGCCGACACCUUCCCACACCAGGACGACGAGCGGGCGGUGUUCGCCGCGACCAAGCCGCGCAACAAGAAGGGCCGAGGCAAGAAGGGCGGCGACGACGGCGGCGACGGGCUGUGCAGCAUGCACUUCCUCAGCCACCCGCUGCCGUGGAUGCAGUCCUGUAUGCAGUCGGAGGGCGGCCGCCUCGGCGAGGGCCGACUGGACUGCCCCACCUGCGCCGCCAAGCUGGGCAAGUGGGCGGCGGGCCCGGGCUCCGAGGGCGGCGGCGUGGCGUGCAGCUGCGGCGUGCUGGUGCCCGCGCCGGCCUUUGCGGUGAUGAAGGCGCGGCUGGACAUCGUGGACUCCCAGCUGGACAUUGCCUCGGCGGUGCAGAGCUCCCUGAAGGCCUACGAGGAGGAGGAGGCCGCCGGCAGCGCCAGCAGCAGCAGCGACGACGACGGCGGCGGCAAGAAGAAGAGGCAGAAGCAGAAGCGCAACAAGACAGCCAAUUUCAGCAGUUUCAGGAACAAGAACUUCGGGUUCCGGCUGAAGGACCAGAAGGCCAUUGCGGAGACGGUGGCGGGCGGCGGCAUGGGCGCGGUGAAGGAAGAGGGCGAGGCGUCAGAUUGAGGGAGUGUCAACGCCGUAGUCACGGGAUUGACAUGUGUUGAUGUUAAUUGCGAUGGGGUUCGGGCGGCGGGAGGUUGUGUACGGUGACUCUCACGGACAGAAUCAGACAUGGCGAAGGCCGGAGGAGUGCUGCAAAUGGCAUUUCCAAGACUGCUGCAUGCUCUGAGCGAAAGGCUGAUUGAAGGAGGACCGCAUGGCGCAUUGUGGGCGGCAAAUCACCUCAUUGGUCACGUGGUCAUACGGGACUGGGGCCACCAGUGACAGUGUGAUGGCGACAGUGGGCUGUAAGCAAUGUUAUGGCAUCGAUAGCAGGGGGGGGGGGUAGAAAGCUCAGAUUCUUACCCCAUGCUCAAAAUUACAGAGCUUUAGGAGAGCAUUAUGCACGUACUUUUAGUUUUUUAAGGGGGUGUCUGGUGAGGAAGUUCUGGGCCGCCAAAGUUGGGGGGUCGGUCCUCGUCCCUGGGGGUCCGUCGGGUUUCGGGAGCCCAUCCUGGCGGAUUUCGGGAAGCGCCCCACAAGCAGAACUAGGGGCCAAACGCUGCAGUACAAGGCUCAUAUGUGCACGUUAUGACGUAAUAAGCACAAACAAAGCGUGGGAGGGCUAAGUUGCGCGUCCGGGCGUGGACAUGUCGGGACAUGUCUCCACAUUCAACACAUGCGGACUGACACAGCUGGGCUCUGAAGCGCUGGUGCGCACGAGUUCACGUCUAACAAGGCUGCCGAUGCACAUUGUCCAUUCGUCACGCGGCAGAGAGUUGAGCGCGGGGUGGUCUGGGUCGAGGGGAUUUCCAUGGAUAGGAUCCCGCCGGUGAACGAAGUCUCAGAACAGGACCGCUGAUAGCACGGAGUGAUAGUGCUCGUCAAGAGGAGUCGAUUGGCACCACUUUGGUAUAAAAU